AUGGGUUGCGGUUGUUCUAGAGCUGGAAAUGCAAUCGCCAAUUAUGUUUUCAUGUUCGAGAGAUUUGGCACGUGCAUAGCGCUCACAUGCAUCGUCUCUUGCAUGAUGAUAACAACGGUGGCGAUGCUAUCACUGGGCAUCGGACUCGGUUACAAUUACUGCUUCGUGGACUUCAAAGUGAAAAAACUUUAUGAAUUCAAAAACCCCAGAAGAUCUCUGGUGAGGAAGAGAAAAUCUAUUGAAAUGGAAGUAAAUGCUACGGACGACUUUGAAGAAGAAUACUACAACAUACGGCCGACGAUGAUAAUUCCCUUGAAAAGCAACAUCAGCUUUUCCCUUCUAAUAUCCAGAAUAAAGGACUUAAAUAAAAACGUCACUUUAGAACUACUUGCAACUUGA